GAAAGAUGAUGAAUAUAUUGUUCUUUAUCUUUUGUUUGGUGACUAAUCAUAUUCAUAAUGUUUGUGCUACUGAAGAUAGAUUGAAGGAAGAUGUGAAGCUUAGUAUUGAUUCUCCUGUCAAGACUAUUCAUACAAAUUUUGGAGACAUAGUUGAUUGUGUAGACAUUUACAAACAACCAACUUUUGAUCAUUCCUUAUUAAAAGAUCAUAAAUUGCAGCUAAAACCCAACUUUGAAAUUGAAAACAUAACCGAGAAUAGUUCACAAAGAGACUUCGUGUUUGGACUGGUUGAGGAGAAUUGUCCAGAAGGAACAAUCCCUAUUCUUAGAUCAACAAAAGAUAAUUUCACUCAAAAAAAUAAUUCAUUAAAUGAUCAUAUGUUGAUGCAAGGCAUUAUUGGUGUUCAUGUUGCAGAAGUAUCUAUGAAACCAGAUUUUGGUCCUUAUUAUAGAGUUAGUGGAACAACUAGCAUCUAUAAUCCUGUAAUUUCUAAAACGAGUCAAAUUUCUAUGUCUCAUAUUUGGGUUGAGAAUGGAUACGAAAACAAGGUCAAUAAAAUCUCUGCAGGAUGGCACGUGUAUCCAGCAUUAUACGGUAAUGAUUUUGCAACCCGUUUUUAUAUUUCAUGGACGUCAGAUAAUUACAAGUGGACAGGGUGCUACAACCUUAAAUGUCCAGGUUUUGUUCAAAUCGACAGACAUAAGUACAUCGGUUCACAUUUUUCCAAUGUUUCUGCAUACGGUGGAGCAACUUAUGAGGUUCGCCUUGCUAUUACACAGGACCCCGGAACGAAAAAUUGGUGGUUAAGAGCAAAAGAUAUAAAUAUUGGUUAUUUUCCAGCGGCAUUGUUCAAGGACUUGAAUUCAGCAGUGAUAGUAGGUUGGGGUGGAAGAACAAGAGCUGAUAUAGGGAGUGAUAGUCCUCCAAUGGGAUCUGGACAUUUUCCUGAUAAAAUCAGUAACCAUGCAUGCUAUUUUAUAUCUAUGUUGAUUCAAGAUUCAACAAAAAAAGUUUUUGCACCUAAACUUGAUCAAACUGUAUCCUUCACCGACAACAGUAAAUGUUAUGGUGUUAAUUACUAUGGAGACCAAGGAAGAGGUUAUGGAAGUGCUCUUCAAUUUGGAGAACCGGGGGGUAAAUGUGGAAUUUAAUAAUUGUGUUUUAUAUCAACUUUAAGAAUAACCAUCUUUUAUGUAGUAAAAAUUUUUUCUCUCUUCUUCUCUCUUUUCUCUUACCAAUU